CGAACAUCAUUCAAGGCUCACUUGCCGUGUCGUACAGUCGCACGUUUUGAAUUUCUAUCGCACUCGAUAAAAUAUCUCAAUGUGAUUUAAGUUUCGGGUUUUUGUUUUUCGCUUUGCUCUUUCGUUGCGUUCAGUUCGGUUCCGUUUUGUUUAUCGACGACAGUGUCUGGCGAACAGGAUUUCAGUCGUUCGUUUGAGCUCGUUGCGCAUACAUCGGAACGAAGGAAGUGAAACAAGUGAUUAGCUGUUCAAGAAAACGAACGCCGUUCAAUCUGAAUAUAACACAGUGCUUUGUUGUGGGUGACAAAAAAAGACAAACCAAUUCAUAAAUGGAAUAACAAGCAAGGAUUAAGUGAUUUCAAAGUGCAAAAGGAUUAAAAGACAAUUUUGUGAUUCGCUUGAGGCGAAUUUGGAAAAUAUUCAAACUGAAGAUUAAGUGAACUAUGCCAACAUCCAUCAUGCAGAAAAACUACAGCCAUUGCCCGCUCAAGAAGCGACCAGUUUUCAUUCGUGAGGAGGAAUCCAAAAAUGACUCCGAAUCUGACAUGGAACCAGAGAACCUCAGCACAAAGCCAGAGGAUCUUUCCAUGAAGAAGAAAAGGGCUCGCUCAGAGUCUCCUGUUCCAGUUGUAAUCAAAGCUGAGGAUACUUUGCCAACACCACCGCCAUCGUCCUCUCCCGAUCCAACAGAAAUCAAAUCUCCGAUUUCAGUUCCUACUCCAAUCUACGGAUCACACCCAUCAAUUUAUUACCCUCCUUCACGAUCUCCUUCCUCCCCGGCAGAGCCACUGCACAACUUCUACAAAUCCGCUCCUAAUGUGUACUCCGGAUAUCCCCAUUUCCCAUACCCGAUGCCAUAUCCUUCCGAUCUGUACAAUUUGGCGUACCACCACCACAUUUCGCCCCCACGUUCGGAACCACUGUCCCCAUACGGACAGCGCGAAAGUUCGGUAUCGCCACCACAUCCUGCGAUGUACACUCGCCAAGAAUCGAUCUCACCACCCACCAUGGUUCCGGCCUACCCAGCCUCCGAGCUGCGGUUAAACCAGAACAACAACAUCAUCAAGUCGGAAUCUUUCGCCCGGCAGCACCGCUACAUGCCAUACAGUCUCAGCCAUCAUCACCAGCUCAUGAUGCCUGUAGAACAUCCCACACUAUCGCCAACCUCCAGCCACACCUCGUUCAAUUCGUACCUUUCGUCGAAUCGUUCGCUUUCACCGGCACGAUCCAGCUCGUCGACCGUUUCCGAAGAAAACAACAACACCAGCUCAUCACCAUCGAUCCUCACCGAAAAGUCCACCUCCAACUCCAACAUUCAGAAAGUGAAAAGUGAGAAAUCCAGUAGCAAAACGAGUGUUGGUUCCAGUGGUGCUCCCCGAUACCAAUGUCCGGAUUGUGGUAAGUCCUACUCGACCUAUUCCGGCCUGUCGAAGCAUCAGCAGUUCCACUGCCCGGCAGCGGAAGGCAAUCAAGCUCAGAAGAUUUUCGUCUGCAAAGACUGUGACAAGCCGUACAAAACUCUCGGUGCCCUAAAGAUGCACAUCCGCACUCACACGCUUCCAUGCAAGUGCAAGCUCUGUGAUAAGGCUUUCUCACGACCGUGGCUGCUGCAGGGACACAUCCGGACCCACACCGGUGAAAAGCCAUUCAUCUGCAAGCUCUGCUCCCGUGCCUUCGCCGAUCGAUCCAACCUGCGAGCCCACCAGCAGACCCACGAGGACGUGAAACGCUUCAAGUGCCCAUCAUGUACCAAAUCUUUCUCGCGGUUGCCGCUCCUCACCAAGCACACCGAAAGUGGAUGCCCCGGAAUCCAGCUGGGGUCGCAAGUGGUUCCUGAAUCUCCCUCGCACUCACCCCAGGAUGAUAAAUACAUUCCAACGGUGCUGCCCCAUAGUAAUAUCGCCUGCUACUAAGGACCAGUAGCCGGAACCAACCGAAAAUUCAACGAAAGUGCCUUUUUGGUCGUCACAAAACAAAAAAAAAACAAUUUUACAAAACAGAGUUCACCGCAAAAGACUGAAACUUAUUGCCACCGCGAUUGAUUAGAUUUUUAUUGCCUAUAUCGAAGUGUGCUACAGAAACAGAGAGAGUGAGUCAGAGAAGAUAGUGAAGGGUGACCGAGUGAGGAACAGUUCAAUGUUUGUAAAUAGGCUAUUUAUUCGUGAAAUUUAUUUUCCGAUUAAGCAUUUCGAGUUUUCGCAAAAUUAACCAAAAAUAGCGUGUUUUUCCUGGUAGAAAUUCAAACGUCACAAAAAUUGUUUUUAGUUGUUGUAAGUUAUUUAUUUUACCAUCAAAAAUCGAAAAACUCUUGAGUUACUGCUGGUCGCUUUCUCCGCCGAUCUUCGGAUUCCAGGAGAGGGCUAAAUCACUUUCAUGAAAGUUUCUAAACUAGUCAGCUAGGAUAAUUCUAUAUGUAAACUACUUAAUUUCCUCUCAUUUUAAAACUAUUUUUUAAAAUUGUAAGCUAGGAUCAACUUAAGUUGUCUCAAAUCAGACCUAUUUCAAAAAGGAUCUCAGUUGUAUGAAAUUCCUAUCGAGAGUGUGUGCGAGUUCAGGGAGAGUAUUCAGUAACGUGCCUUUUUAGACUUGAGAAAAAAGACAAAUCAGAUCAACUUUUCAUGCAAAAGAAACUGAUGCAUUUCAAAACGCCAUUUAUAUUUACCCAGGAGUAAAACGUAAUCAUGACAAAUUAGCCUUAAGCCCUUUGAAAAAAAAAACGAUCGCUCUCUACUCUACACUAUAAGUAAGAAAACUGAAAGAUCAAUUGUACAGUUCCGCGUAUUUUUCUCUUAGCAGAUACCCUUCGCCCUAAGCAGAACUUUAAUAUAUUUUGUUUUUAUUGUCUAGUGUUUAAGGAUUUUUACAAACAAUAAGAAAACAACAAAACAUCAAAUCAAUACAAAAUAAAAACGACACAAACCUGUGUUUGAAAAAUUAAA